AUGUGGCCGCUCCGGGUCUAUACCCGCAAGAAGAGGGCAGGCCAGAGGCUCAACCUGACCCCGACGCCCGACCUCGGCCAGUCCGCGCCGGCAGAGGCCCCCGCGGGUCUGGGCCGAAGGCUCGCUGUGCACUGCCUGACAGGAAAUGGCAAAGCGCACGGUUUGCAGAAGAUCGCGGAGAAAACCGAGUGGACUGGGCAGAGCCGCCGCGGCUCUGGGCCGCCCAGCUCUCAGCUAGGAGUUGCAGGAGAGGAAAGCCUGCAAGAAAAUAGCGCUAGUGAAGAAGAGACCGAGGAUGAGAAGAUGGCGCCAUUGAGCGAGUCAGUGACUGAUGAUCUCCAGGUUGAAAGUUUAUCAGCUGGUAAACUAGUAUCAGGACUAAGUUCACAGCAUAUUUCUAGUUCUCUUCUGAGCUAUUCAAUCACAGGCUCUUAUACAGAAUGUGAGAGUUUUGAAGAGAAUUUAAGUAGCUUCCCAUCACCUGAACUCUUCAGAGGAUCAGACUAUUUAGAUUGGGAGUGUCCCAAGUUGGAAGAAUACAUACAAUGCAAGAAUUCCACUCUUCUGGAUACCAGUAAAGCAGUAGCAAUAGAGAAGGCACCACAGUUUUCAAACCUCUCUUCAAUUUUAGUUACCUCUUCAGAAGACUAUCAGAAAUGCCAUAGAAAAAUAGUGAUGACAUUAGCAGAUGAAAAUAUUUCUUCAAAACCCAAGAUUACUUCAAAUUCAGAAUCAGAUAAUGCAGCUUGUGAAUUACUUGCUGAGAAAACUUAUCCUUUAACCCCUGAGAAAACAAAGAAAAAACCUGGAAAAGAUCCUGAACCUAGAGAUACAAAUUUUCAAACAAAGUUAAGCUCCCAUCUAAAAAUCAAGGUUCAGUCAUCUCACCAGAGGUCUGAUCUUGAAAGCAAUGCAGGUAAAUCAGUUACCAAAAUUCUGCUGCCUCAGCCCCUGGAACCUGCAUUGGAUGCAAAUCUUGCUGCUCCUGAUAAGAAAAGCAGAGGCCUGUUAACAAGUACUCCAACUGCACAGACUGCUAGUUUAGAGAUUGAUCUGUCCUCAGUACAAAAAGCAUCUUUGGAAGAACUAUUUCCAAAUGUCAGCAACUGUGUUAAUUCAGAUGAAAUUGUUCCUGUCUCAAGUUUGCAAGAAAAUUUUUCAAAUGAGGUUCUUUCAAAUACAUCAGAAAUAUGUUGUAUUAUUAAAGCAUCACCAGGAACUAGACAAGUGAAAAGUAAAAGCGUUAUUUUAAAGAAGAAGAAAUUUUCUUUUCCUAAAGAUAUUCCUCAAGAUAUUAUAAUAAAAACAAGUGGCAGGAUAUAG